AUGGCCGACAACAAAGUAAAGUGCGAGCCGUGUCGCACCAUCAACUUAGCUAAGCACGUGAAUCAACUUAAACCUGACAUGCAAAUAUACGAGAAAUGCAUGCCGACGCAAAAAAUAGAAUGCAGUCGUGUCACAGAACUACCAAUCCACCCCACGUGCUUAAAAGUUUGCACUAAAGAGGAAUAUUCUAUGCUGCAAAGUGGAAAAAAACACGCAUCGCCUAAAAUGUCAGUUCCUUAUGCGCACGGAAAACUUAUGUACGCUGUUAAAGCUGGUAUCCUGGUAGGAGCUGUUUAUUUCACGUACGCGCAAGGAGUGUGGGGCAACCAACAAGACGUCACAGAAUGCGUUCGUCGUUGGCAGGAAUAUAUGCGUAGCAUCAACACUCGACGGCCGCCUGUAUAUGAUCGGUGUGGUCACGUAGUUAGGGAAGAAAACACUGAAAGCUUGCUGGCGCCAUUCUAUUCAAUAUACAAGAAUUUCAUAACAACGUCUUUUGCUGGAGUCGUGAAAAUUCCAUUAAUUGUAAAGUGCGCCUAUCUUGACUACCUCAAAGCACUAGAGAAGAAACAGGCUGACGAAGAAAAAGAAAGAAAACUGAAGAAGCAAAAAGUGUAA